GUGACAGUGACUCCGCUUCAGUCAGCUGAUAAAAGUCGGUUGUUUGUCGACAAGAACUGUUAGUGCUGGGUCAUCGUCGAGUCCCGGGUCGUGUUGCGGUCCAAACGCUGGCAUAAUGAGGAGUCUCCUGCUCGUGUUCGCGGCGCUGGUCCUGAGCAGCGACGCGCUGGUCCGAAUUCCCUUAAAGAAAUUCCGUUCCAUCAGACGUGAGUGGACAGACUCUGGGAGAAGAGCAGAGGAGCUUUUGGCUGACAAACACUCCCUAAAGUACAACUUUGGCUUCCCCUCCAGUAAUGGACCCACUCCAGAAACCCUGAAGAACUACCUUGACGCCCAGUAUUAUGGUGAUAUUGCCCUGGGUACCCCUCCUCAGACCUUCAGCGUGGUGUUUGACACGGGUUCCUCCAACCUGUGGGUUCCCUCCGUUCACUGCUCCCUCUUAGACAUUGCGUGCUUGCUUCACCACAAAUAUAAUUCUGGAAAGUCCAGCACCUACGUGAAGAACGGCACUGCCUUUGCUAUCCAGUAUGGCUCUGGCAGUUUGUCGGGCUACCUCAGCCAGGACACGUGCACAAUUGGAGACAUAUUAGUGGAGAAACAGGUUUUCGGAGAGGCUGUUAAGCAGCCCGGUGUGGCCUUUAUCGCUGCCAAGUUUGACGGGAUCCUUGGCAUGGCCUACCCACGCAUCUCUGUGGACGGGGUGACACCGGUCUUUGACAACAUCAUGCGCCAGAAGAAGGUGGAGAAGAACAUCUUCUCCUUCUACCUGAACAGGAACCCGGACACGGCGCCCGGCGGUGAGCUGCUGCUGGGAGGAACCGACCCCAAAUACUACAGCGGUGACUUCCACUACGUCAACAUCACCCGCCAGGCCUACUGGCAGAUCCACAUGGACGAGCUGGUAGUGGGCAGCCAGCUGAGCCUGUGUAAGGGCGGCUGCGAGGCCAUCGUGGACACCGGGACGUCUCUGAUCACCGGCCCCUCUGCUGAGGUCAGAGCCCUGCAGAAAGCCAUCGGAGCUACUCCGCUCAUCCAGGGAGAGUACAUGGUGAACUGUGACAAGAUCCCGUCGCUGCCUGUCAUCACCUUCAACGUGGGCGGACGCAGCUACAGCCUGACCGGAGAGCAGUAUGUCCUCAAGGAGAGUCAGGCUGGAAAGACCAUCUGUCUGAGUGGCUUCAUGGGUCUGGACAUCCCCGCCCCCGCCGGGCCCCUGUGGAUUCUGGGAGAUGUAUUCAUCGGCCAGUACUACACUGUCUUUGACCGGGAGAACAACAGGGUGGGCUUUGCUAAGUCCAAGUAAGCACAUCGUGCAUGAGAGCAACACGUUCAAGUGCAAAGCUAAAAGUCCAAGUUUUGGAGGAGAAGAAUCUGAGCUGCACGUUUUCUGUUGCUUUUCAAUCAAACUGUGUUUUAGCAAUAGAUUUUGUGUAGAGCCUAAAUGCACUGAUUUCCAGCCACGUGCGUGAAACAGAUAGGAGAGCUGAUAGGCUGUGUGAUGGAUGUAUAUAAUCAGGGAUCAGUUGAUUGCACCGGUACUGCCCUUUUCAAACAUUUUGGUUUUUUUUUUUUUUUUUUAAUCAGGGAUUUGUUUUUAAACAGAAAACUUUCAAUUUGCAUUUUAGGAGGAAGUUGGUUCUCAGCUACUGAGUUUGUGAUGUAUCUUAAUGUGAUUGGCCUCAAUAAACAGUUUUUAAAACACGA